AUGGUAUUGGCUUUGAAUCGUGCAGUUGAAAUGAUUCCUUCUUUUCAAUGCAUGCGCUUUUUAUUUCGAGGGAAGUUAUUGUACAUUUGGAUGCUUCUAUCCGCUGCUUACAUGCUGGUGUUACCAUUCGUUAAUAGAACGCAUCCUUAUAAUACAGUUGCGUCGGCUUACCUUUAUUCACCAAUGAUCACCGACGACGCUGAUGAAAGUGAUUAA